AUGCUAUUAUCUGACGGGCAGGACACGUGCACUAGCGCGAAGAAGAUCAACCUGAAGGAAAUUUGUACGCUGCAAAUUCCAGUUCAUACAUUUGGAUUUGGUGCAGACCAUGACCCCGUCAUGUUGCAUUCAAUUGCAGAGAGUUCGAAGGGAACUUUUUCUUUUAUCGAAGCCGAAAGAGUAAUACAAGAUGCAUUUGCUCAACGUAUUGGUGGUCUCCUUAGCGUAGCUGUGCAGGACUUGCAAGUGCACAUCAAAUCGCUUGACUCUCAUCUUCGUAUCAAUCAACUAAAAGCAGGGAGUUAUUCCACUUCUUUGACAGGCGAGAACCAGCAACUAGGAUCUGUUGACAUUGGGGAUUUGUGUGCAGAUGAAGAGAGGGAUUUUCUCGUGCUUGUUAACAUUCCUGUUGUAACUGAUGAGGAUUCCAACGAUCAGAUGAAGGUGGUUAGUGUGUGGUGUGAUUACAAAGAUCUUUUUACAAAAUAA